AUGGCUUUUGGAGGUGUCGCCCUGCCCGGCUCGGGCAAUUCCGCCAACAACGUCCCUAGCAUCAAGGGCAGCGUCAGCGCUGGAGCACAAACAAAAGUCAAUGGUGCUGGCGACGAUGACAAGAAGGUCGCCGCUAUCGGCAAGGACGCGGGUAUCGAACAGCAAGGCCUCUCGAGCGUACACGGCAUUGUGCCAACGUUGCAGAACAUUGUUGCUACCGUCAACUUGGAGGUGCGUCUUGACUUGAAGACCAUCGCCUUGCACGCACGCAACGCCGAGUACAACCCAAAACGUUUCGCCGCCGUUAUCAUGCGUAUUCGCGAGCCCAAGACCACGGCACUCAUCUUUGCUUCUGGUAAGAUGGUGGUCACCGGUGCAAAGUCGGAGGAUGACAGCCGCCUUGCCAGCCGAAAGUACGCGCGUAUCAUCCAGAAGCUUGGCUUUGAGGCCAAGUUCAGCGAGUUCAAGAUCCAGAACAUUGUCGGCUCGUGCGACGUGCGCUUUCCCAUCCGUCUCGAGGGCCUUGCCUACAGCCACGGUGUCUACUCUUCGUACGAGCCCGAGUUGUUCCCCGGUCUCAUCUACCGCAUGGUCAAGCCCAAGGUCGUGCUGCUCAUCUUUGUCUCUGGCAAGAUUGUGCUCACGGGUGCCAAGGUACGAGAAGAGAUUUACCAAGCGUUCAAUCUCAUUCUGCCCGUGUUGGCCGAGUUCCGCAAGCCUUGA